AUGCGAUUUAAAGGCAUGAGUGGCGCGAUUAGGCAGCUGCGCUUCAUCUGGAGAACCGCGGAUCAGCUCAGCGGAGGCGCGCGCUUCUCCGGGUUUGGCGGUGCGUUCAGGAGUCGUGAUGCUUUCUCUGGAUCUGCUGAAGCCAAAACAGACCGAGGAGGUUUGCAGCUUUUGUUGAGUGGAGGAUCCCGCAGAGCAGGAGGAGGAGAAGGAGAAGGAGGAGGAAGAGGGGGAGAGUUUUCCUUCAUGCACCGCGGCAUUUCUCUCCACAUGCCGGCCGAGCGGAGCCGCAAUAAGGAGCUGCUGGAGGCCAGCGUGGCCUGGCUGUGGGAGCUGGAGGAGCUCCGAGAGCGGCAGCACAACCUCGUCCUGACCGCGUUGUCGCUGGGGGGCCCGCCGGCAGGGGGCGAGCUGGAGCCCGAGCCUGGAGGCUGCGUGGAUCCGGAGGAGUGGGCUUUCAGACGGAGGCUGGACCGUCUCCAGGAUGCCCCCAGUGGGCUGAUGCAGGUACUGCAGCAGCAGUUCAGUGAGCUGAGGGUGGACACGUGUGACCAGAGUGCAGAGGAUGAUCUGGACAGUCCCUCGAGCUCAGGUUUUUAUGAGCAGAGUGAGACUCAGUCUCCUCCAAGGCGCUCCAGCUCCUCCCCUAGUCUCUCCUUCCCCAGUCACAGGCCAAGAUCAGUGGAUGCCUACAUGUGGGACUGGGAAAGUCAGAGGGAACCUACCCCUCGUACUGUCCUGCCACGUUCAUUCUCCGCCCCCUACCCCCCUCUAGAGGGCAUCGCAGAGGGAACCGAGGAGGAAGAGGAUGAUGAUGAAGACGUUGAUAAUGAAGAUGGAGCUUUGUGGUCCGAAGGCCAGGUGGUAAAUGGAGAUCCCUUGAACAGACAUGAAAUGGGCCUCACUGUGGAGGUGAAUGAAGGCCCCGAUGGGGAGGUCAAUGUGGGUCCCACUGUGGACAUAGAUGGCCCCACUGAGGAGACUGAUGAGGGUCCUGUUGAGGAAGUAGAUGAGGGUCCCACAGCAGAGGACAUUCAGCAAGCAAUGCGUGUGGAGGCCUAUAUUUUGGGCCUCCUACAGCGCUGUUCCCUUAACCCAAAUCCCAGCCCUUCCGCAGACCUCGAUUUUACCUCUAACCGCUGGCAAGACCUACAUUCUUAUCCACCCGUAACAAACAACUAUUGUGACCCUACACCUGGCCACUCAGAAUGGCAAGAAUGGGCAGCCCUCAAUGAGGAAGAAGAUGGUGGAGAGGAGUCACAAGAAGGGUACUACAUGCCCCCUCUGGAUCCACAGGAUGGGCCAGCCUCCCUUGUAUGUGAAGAUCCAGAAUCCUCCUUAGAGAUGGAGCAAUAUGGAGCUAUGAAGCCUUGCACCAGCAGUAGUGAUGGUGACUCACUUCAGCACCAACGAGGCUACCUAGAGCAUCACGCUACAGUGUUGGACCCUAUGUCAUCAUCACACUACAUCCGUACCCGUAUUUCUCCACCUGCAACACUUGAGUCUGCCGAACAAGACUGGACACCUCGAUUACCAAGAAUGCAUCAGGAGGAAAGGUGGGGAUCAGUGGAGGAAAGACGUGGCAAGACAACAAGCCGAUCUCAAUCGGAAGGAAGCUUCCCACCCCAAGGGUGGACUGUCCAACCAGAACAUAGGUACUAUACAGUGGGACGGGACAGGGGCACUCACUGCAUAGAUGAAGACUAUCUGUCCAAUCAGAGGCUCUGGUGCUCCUCAGCAGACCUUAGCCAAGAGGAGGAGGAGUCAUCACUCAGAGGGGAAGAGCCUAUGCUCAAAUACACAAGCCUACCUUUUCACACCUUCCCUCAGUACACAGAGCAGAGCCAGCAUCUUAGAAAUGGGACGAAUGCUAGAGCUAGCCGUGGUGAAGGCUCUGACUCUAGCCUGAGCGAGACGUGCUCUCCGAGGUCCAGCUCUGUGUCUAGUGAUUCAGACGAGAGCGGGGGGCUUGUCUGGCCUCAGCAACUGCCUCCACGUUUGCCUGCUUCCUCCCAGAAUGCCCAGAGCUCUGUGGUCAAGAUCAAAGCUUCGCAUGCACUGAAAAGGAAGAUCAUGCGUUUCCGCUCAGGCUCACUCAAGGUCAUGACUACUGUCUGAUCAUGAAUGUUGCAUGUGGGAUCACCUAGGUUCAAUAAACGGCUGUGCAAAUAACGAUUUUUGGCCCAGGUACACCCCAUUACAUUAAUUACCAGCUCCAGUGGCUUCCUCAGUGUUAGUUGGACCCCGGUGGAAGUUGAUCUAAUUCUAAGUAUUAUAUCUAAUUCCAACAUAUCCCAAAAUACCAGUUUACAUGGUUAAAGUCCUGGAACUGCGCAGGCAACUGAAGCAAUGAAAACUCUUUCUGGAAUUUUCUGGAACUAUUCAGUGACGAUGUGCC